AUGUCGUCCACCAGCUCGCAGGGGAAUAUUCGAGCAACAAUCUCUCAGCCGGACUACAUGCUAGCCUGUCCGGCAGACGUCAAAGAACUCCACCACCACCAGGAACGAUACAAGCUCUUUCAGAACCCGUGGCCAAGCUUCGUCGAUCCCGGCGGUGCAGAAGUUGCCUUUAAGAUUUUGCAAAGGAAACUUACAGGCACCGCGAAGAAUCCAGACGUUACACCUCCGACUAUAGAAGACAUUCCAAUCGUCGAUGCGGUGGUUAUAUCCCACAACCAUUAUGACCACAUGAGCUACACCUCUUUAAAGAAGCUCGCCGCCAAGCAUUCCGAAGUUCAGUUCUUCGUACCAUUGAACAUCAAGAAAUGGUUCGACGACAACGGCUUCUCGAACAUCACCGAAUUAGAUUGGUGGCAGAGCACUGAAGCAACAUUCACACCUCCAAACGAAAAACCAUUCUCCGCGACAAUAUCCUGUCUACCAGCUCAACAUGGUAGCGCUCGCACAGCCUGGGACCGAAGCCGCAUGCUCUGGGCCGGAUGGUCCAUCGAAUCAGGCGACAAGACGCUUUAUUUCGCAGGAGACACUGGCUAUCGCACAGUCCCCGAACUCCCACCCUCAGAAGACGACUACGGAGAAGCAUACUCCAACUUACCCGUCUGCCCGGCUUUCAAGCAAAUUGGAGAGCUCAGAGGACCUUUUGACCUCGGAAUCAUACCCAUUGGAGCGUACGAACCGCGUUUUCUGUACAGCUCGCUGCAUUCGAAUCCAUAUGACUCUGUGAAYAUUUUUGUGGAUACGAAGUGUAAGAACGCGCUUGCUAUGCAUUGGGGAGCGUGGGUCUUGACGGAAGAAGAUGUCAUGGAGCCGGCUAGGAAGUUGAGAGAUGCUCUGAGGUGGAAGGGAUUACCGGAAGAGGGGACUUUUGAUGUUUGCGAUAUUGGCGAGAGUCGGGAGUAUUGA